CGCACACCCUCACGCUCACACACACCUCUUUUGUUUACCCCUCCGCGCGGGUCAAGUCCAGGCAGCAGAGCGCCGCCGAGCCCCGCAGACAUCGCCUCUCCCGGGCCGCCAUGUGGAUCUCCGCGCUCGGCGUCGUGUUGCUGUUCGCGGCUCUCCGCGCCUCCGACCCGGCGGCGGCCGCCCAGCUCGGGCCGCCGCCGCCCGGGUUCAGCUCGUCGGUGCGCUCGGUGUGCAGACCCAUCCCGAGCACCCUGUCGCUGUGCCACGGGGUGGGCUACCGGCACAUGCGGGUCCCCAACCUGCUGGGCCACGACACGCUGCGGGAGGCCCAGCAGCAGUCGGCGGCCUGGCUGCCCCUCAUCUCCAAGCUGUGCCACCGGGACACCAAGAAGUUCCUGUGCUCGCUCUUCGCCCCGGUGUGUCUGCCGGAGCUCGGCGGGCCGGUGAGUCCCUGCGGGGCGCUGUGCGAGGCGGUGCGGGACGGCUGCGUGCCCGUGAUGAGCGCGUUCGGGUUCCCCUGGCCGGAGAUGUUCAACUGCACCCGGUUCCCGCGCGGGACCCAGCUCUGCAUCCCGGCAACCGGAGAGCAGGAGGGGCGGACGCCGGAGGAGGAGGUCGGGCACGAGGAGGCGCUGAAAGGGAGCGUCAUCUGUGAUGCCUGCAGUCUGGCUGCUGAGGGAGAGACUGACAUCCAGGAGAACUUCUGCCACAGUCCUUAUGCCUUUAAGAUGCGUCUGGGCGGCGUGUCGACGGUGGGAGGCGACCGUCAGCUGGUGCCGACGGCCCGCAGCCGCAUCCUGAGGUGGGCGGGGGGAGGAGCGGAGAGGGCCGAGGGGAUCGGGGGCGCCGUGGCCCACAGCGCCCUGUGGCUGCAGGAGGGAGGCACCUGCACGUGUCUGGGCCUGGACGCCGCCGAGGGGGGCGGAGGAGGAGGAGGAGGAGGAGGAGGAGGAAGGAAGGGGGCGAAGGGGGUCCAGAGCGGGUGGUACCUCGCCCUGGCUCAGGCGGAGGAGGGCCGGCUGGUGCUGACUCGCCUGGUGAGGUGGACCCGAGGAGACAAGGAGCUGAAGAAGUUCAUCAGGGGCCUCCUGAAGAGGGCGUGUCCAGAGCUGUGAGGGGGAGGGGACAAAGAGAGGUCACGCCGAAUAAUGUCCUGACGGGCUCAGACCACGGCCAUCAGACACAGGAUGGAGAGGACUGAAGAGGAUCGAAGAUAAUUGAUGAAUUGUUCUUGAUUAACUCUGGAAAAAGUAAAAGUGCUCAAUAACCAAUCAGGUCUUCUCAUUAUAUCCCAGAGCAGCGUCACAAAGUAUGUCAAAGGUUCUUUGAGGAACCAGAUAUGGGGCCUUAAAGAACCAUUUGUCGAAGGUUCGUUGAGACACCUUUAUAGGUUCUUCAAGGCCCCAUAUCUGGUUCCUCAAACAUAGUUCUUUAAGGACUCUUUAAGGAAAUGGUUCUUUAGAGAACCCUGGUUUGAAAGGUUCUUUGAGGAACCAUAUAUGGGACCUUAAAGAACAUAUGAAGGUGUCUCAAAGAAGCUUCAACAAAUGGUUCUUCAAGGCCCCAUAUCUGGUUCCUCAAACAUAGUUCUUUAAGGAAACGGUUCUUUAGAGAACCCUGGUUUGAAAGGUUCUUUGAGGAACCAUAUAUGGGACCUUAAAGAACAUAUGAAGGUGUCUCAAAGAACCUUCAACAAAUGGUUCUUUAAGGCCCCAUAUCUGGUUCCUCAUCACGAGCUCUCUGACUUAUUUGGGUUGUUUUGUAAUUGUUGUUAUUCCUUUAAUGAUAAAUAUGUUUUUUCUUAUCCUUACACACGGCCUCGUAUGAAUAAUAAAUCCUUUAACGUUCGUUCAGUCUGUGUUUCUACAUCUUAUGACGUAAAAACUUCUGUAUUCGGUUGAUUUUGUUUCAACCAGCUGUUGAAUAAAAUGUCUCCGGUCACAGGAGAUGAAACUCA